AUGGAUAACGCAAACUUAUGGACACGGAGAUCUAAUACAGGCAAGCUCUCCCUGUCUAUGACUGGCGACAACAAGGACGGUAGCAAGAUAGACUCUCCUCGAAACUCUGGCAGCAAUCGUCGCCUGGGUGAUUCUUCCUCUCACGGCAAAUCAAAUCCUUUCAAUGCCAUCUCUCCACUUGCCACCAACUCUCCUUCAGCCGGCGCAUCUUCUGCUUUUGGCUUGGGAUCUGGAGCAUUUGCUUCCUUCGGGACUGUCAAAACCCCAAAGACACCUGGGGCAGCAGGAGUGUUUGAUUUGAAUGGACGGGACAGAGGGGGAAAAGACACAAACGUUGAAGCUGUGGACAGCGACAGAUCGAAAUCUAAGACUCCGAACACUACAUCUGCCACGUCAAACUCGAACAAUUCCGACCAUCCUCUAAGAUCUACUUGGAAUCUCUUCUACCGCCCUCCCACAAGUAAAUAUUCUGAUUAUGAGAAAUCAACAAUUAAGCUGGCCUCCAUAUCGACUGUGGAGACCUUCUGGACCAUAUAUUCGCAUUUGAAGCGUCCCUCCCAAUUGCCGUCUGUUUCUGACUACCACAUAUUCAAGGAGGGGAUCAGACCAGUAUGGGAAGACGAGGCGAAUAAAAGGGGAGGGAAAUGGAUAGUCAGGCUCAAAAAGGGAGUAGCAGACCGAUACUGGGAAGAUUUGCUGUUCGCCAUUGUUGGCGACCAGUUUAUGGAGGCUGGGGAGGAAGUCUGUGGCGCAGUGCUGAGUGUCCGCAGCGGCGAGGACGUUUUGAAUGUCUGGACCAAGAAUGAUGGCGGGAGAAACGUCAAGAUUCGAGAGACGAUAAAGCGCCUACUCGCCUUCCCAGCCGAUACCAACAUUGUGUGGAAGAGCCACGACGAUAGCAUUGCACAGCGGAGUGCCCUGGAUGAAGCUCGCCAGCAGAAAGGGGGAUCAACACAGGUCCAACAAGGGCACGACAAACGGAGGCAAACCCUUCAGGAGGAUCCAGAAAAGGGUAAGGGGAGGGGUCCGCUGUGA